AUGAAAACAGAUGAUGGUCUUAUAUUAAUUUAGAAAUAUACAUCAGAAGAUGAUUGUUUGUUUUGUUAGAAAUAUGGGAGAUUGCCAAUUAUAAAGAUAAAUUUUGCUCCACUAUUGAAUAGAGUAUAUAAAAUUGUAAAAUCAUUUUACAGGCACUUUAUACAAAAUAUUCAUAAUCUUAAUGGAAAGGUAAAAAAUUUGAAGAUUUCUUCUCAACAAAGUCAAUUUAAUGGAUAAUAUAAUUUAAAGAUAAAUUAACAUAUGGUGACCAAGAUGAGUUUUUAAAGAGGUAAAUUAUAAAAAUAUCAAUUUUAUAGAUAUUAUCCUAAGAGUGAUCAAUAAAAUAAAUUAGAUUAACUAUUGGAAUAUUAUAAAUAUCAUAAAGAUAUUCCUCGAAUGUUUUUACCAAAACUCUCAGAUUUGGCUAUUUAUUUUUAUGAGAAAAAGAAGUAUCUUUAUAUUUGUAUCUAAUUUAGAUAAUUGGAGUAUAGAAAAAUUAAAAUAAUGCUAGGUAUUCCUAUAGAUGAUGCUAGUAAUUAUACAGGUAUCUAUUCUAUAAAUUAUUAGAAUGUGAGAAAUUAAAAGAAGAGAUUAAAGUACUUAACAGUAUUACAUAAUAAACUCAAGUAUCCAGUCUUUCUCUAUUAAGAGAUAUGUUGAAAUAAAAGGGAAGUGAAGAGAUUGUAGUAAGUGAUUCUUUAAAUAUUAGAAUAUCGAUGCCACUUGGAUAACUAUGGCAAAUCAUUAAUAGACUAAAUCUUCAUAGUCAUCAAAUUUAAAAUUACUAAAGUAAUUGAUAUCUAAAAAUACUUAAUUCUAUAAACAUAAAUUAAAUACUAAUUAUACUGGAUUAAGUAAAAGAAAUACAUAGAAUUCACCUUAAUAAAACAUUCAUCUCAAAACUCUCUCUAAAGAUACUUCUUAAAAAUCUUUACUAUCCUCUCAUAAAUUAAUAAAUAAUAGCAAUGGAGAUAGUGAAUUUCAAAAGUUUUUAAAAUAGUAGAUGGUAGGAAUCAACCAUUCAAAUCCUUGUAAUCAAAAUAAUGUUAAAUCAAUAGCAAAACCUAUAUAGAUAUCUAAUUAUCAAUCUAAAUAAAAUAGUAUUCAUCAUCUUAUUAGUACAAGAAGCAUCUCAUCUGAACAGCUAAAAUUAAUUUAAUCCCAAUAAAUACUAAAACCUAACCACACUAAUAAAAUCAAUUAAUAAUCAUAACAUAAAAAAAGCUAAACUUAAACUCAUUAUACUGAAAUCAAUUCUCCAAAUAAACAUAAAAAACAAGCUUCAAAUAAAUUAUAUACUAAUAUAGGAAUAGAUUUUAAAUAAGCCUUAACUCAUACAAAAUCUACAGAUAAGUAUUUUAAAGUUUAUACUUCGUAAUCAUCAAUUCCUUUAUCAACUAAUAUCAAUAUUAACAUAAAUUAGUUAAACAUGAAUAAUCUAAAUAUUAAAUCUUCAUUUUAACAAUAUAAGGCUAUGCUCGAAAGUCCAAAAGUUAACCCCAAAAAGAAGACUUAAUCUAAUGUUGAAACCUAAAGAAUUCAUAAUGCUAGUACUUAAAAAAGUACUACUUCUUUUAAAAAAUCAUAAAUCUCAGUUUAAUAAAUAUAUGCUUAAAAAAUCAAAUAAAAACAUAAGAUUUAACAUAAAUGA